AUGGCGGCGGCCGCGCGUUGGGCCGCGUUGGGUCUGGCGCUAUGGCUGUGCGCGGCGGCCCGCGCCGAGGAGCCGGAGGGGAAGCGGCGGGCGGGGCCGGCCAAGAAGAAAGACAUUCGGGACUACAACGACGCGGACAUGGCCCGGCUGCUGGAGCAGUGGGAGAAAGACGAUGACAUUGAGGAGGGGGAUCUUCCUGAACACAAGAGGCCUCCAGCACCAAUAGAUUUCUCAAAAAUUGAUCCAGGCAAGCCUGAAAGCAUCCUGAAACUGACAAAAAAAGGGAAGACUUUGAUGAUGUUUGUCACAGUGUCAGGAAAUCCCACGGAAAAAGAGACAGAAGAAAUUACUAGUCUGUGGCAGGGAAGUCUCUUCAACGCCAACUAUGAUGUACAGAGGUUUAUUGUUGGCUCAAAUCGUGCAAUCUUUAUGCUCCGUGAUGGUGGUUAUGCCUGGGAGAUCAAAGACUUCCUGAUAAGUCAAGAAAGGUGUGCAGAUGUUACUUUGGAAGGCCAGGUUUAUCCGGGCAAAGGAGCAGAUGGAAGUGAGAAAGGAAGCAACAAAACCAAACCUGAGAAAGCAAAGAAGAAAAAAGAUGCAGAGAAGAAAUCUAAAAGCAACCAAGAGGACAACCGUGCAACCAAACAGAGAGAAGACCUAUGACAGAUGGACGAACCAGACUGAAUAGUGCUCUGUUUCUUGAAGGGAAACUUAACUUUCUUUACAAUUUCUGGUUUUAUAGAGGAGAAGGAAGG